UUUCAUUGUGUUCCAUAGUGUUAUUUGCCCCCUAGUGGAGCUUUCUGGUACUUAGACUGUACGCAAAAAGGAAGUAGAGAACUCAUAGAACGCAUAGAAGCAGCUAAAAACAACGCUACGGUGCAGGUCUUUCAGUGUAGCUAUUUCUUGUCACGCUUCAGCCUCUGAAAAUAUUAGUUUUUUCACAACAUAAACGUUUUCAAUAUUAAUUCAAUAAAAGUCACGCCUUGGGAGUUUUAUUGAAGACUUAGUUGUUAGCUAUCUGCCUAGUUUUGCAUGGGAACGCAAUUCAAGGGCAGAAUAGAAGGUAAACACUAAAGAGAGGUGGGUUAAAAAAAGAAGAAAGAAAAAGAACAACAAGAACAAGAGACGUUGUUUGUUUUGCAGGCCGGAGUAAUGGAGAUAUGUAGUACAGUGAUGUUGGGAGGCCUGGUGUUGGUUCUACUGUGGUUGUUCAUGCUGAGGAGGAAGCGACAUGUCCGUCUACCUCCUGGACCACGUGGCCUGCCGCUGAUAGGCAACCUGCUUCAGAUGGACAAACAGGCCCCCUACAAGAGCUUCAUCAAGUGGAGUGGUGUUUAUGGGCCAGUGAUGACAGUGUAUCUGGGGCCCCAGCGGGCCGUGGUGCUGGUGGGGUACGAGGCGGUCAAGGAGGCUCUGGUGGACCAGGCUGAGGACUUCACAGGACGAGCUCCCGUCCCCUUCCUGGUCCGAGCUACCAAGGGAUAUGGCCUGGUCAUCAGUAACGGGGAGCGUUGGCGCCAGCUGCGUCGUUUCACCCUGACCACUCUAAGAGACUUUGGGAUGGGCCGUAAGAGGAUGGAGGAGUGGAUACAGGAGGAGAGCCAAUACCUCAUAGACAGUCUGAAUGGCACUAAAGCCAUGCCCUUUGACCCCCAGCCCUUCCUGAGUCGCAGCGUGUCCAACGUCAUCUGCUCCCUGGUGUUCGGCCAGCGCUUCGACUACGAGGACGACAAAUUCUUGCGCUUGCUCAACAUCCUCACGAACUUACUGCGCUUUGGAAGCACCGCCUGGGGACAGCUCUACAACAUCUUCCCCUGGCUGAUGGAACACCUGCCUGGUCGGCAGCAUGUCAUGUUCAGCCAGGUGGACGAGCUGAGAGGCUUUGUGAUGAAGAAGAUCCACGAGCACCAGGAGACCAUGGACCCAGGCAUCCCUAGAGACUUCAUAGACUGUUUCCUCACCAGACUCAACCAGGAGAAGGAUGUGUCCUCCUCUGAGUUCCAUUAUGAGAACCUGGUGUCCACAGUGUUAAACCUCUUCCUGGCAGGAACAGAGACCACCAGCACCACUAUGAGAUACGCCCUCAAUCUUCUCAUCAAAUACCCUGACAUACAGGAGCACAUGCAGCAGGAGAUCGACACAGUGAUUGGUCGACACCGCGUCCCUCGAGUGGAGGACAGGAAGUCUCUCCCCUUCACAGACGCUGUCAUCCACGAGGUGCAUCGAUUCCUGGACCUCGUCCCGCUCAACCUCCCACACUACGCUACCGAGAAUAUCUCAUUCAGAGGGUACACUAUCCCUCAGGGCACCGUGAUCCUUCCCAUGCUGCACUCUGUUCUGCGAGACAAGGACCACUGGGCCACGCCAACAACCUUCAACCCCAGUCACUUUCUAGAUAUGAGCGGAAACUUCCAGAAGAACCCUGCUUUCUUCGCGUUCUCUGCAGGUAAGCGUGCCUGUGUGGGGGAAUCUCUGGCUCGUAUGGAGAUCUUUCUUUUCCUGGUGUCUCUGCUGCAGCGUUUCUCCUUCUCCUGCCCUGGAGGACCUGACAGCAUUGACCUCAGCCCAGAGUCUAGCAGCUUCGGUAACAUGCCGCGCCGUUACCAGCUCAUAUCUACCCCCCGCUGACCAAGAGGGGAACUGCAGCUGCACCACAGGAGGAAAACUCACAAGGAGGUGUAGAGAUGAGGGACAGGUGUUUUGACCAGAUAGUAAUGCAAUGUAUGCUGAGGAUUCAGGCUAGUGUAAUCUGAUGAGUUGGAGGCUGAUCCAGGUAGCAGUGUAUCUUUCACUUUAUCAGUUUCUUUGUGUCUAAGCAAUGAAGUCAAUUUAUAUGGGGGUGAGCUAGGCAAUGAUGCUGUAUGUUAGAGGAUGCAUCACAUUGCAUAGGAAGGAAAACUAUCAGCUUAUACAAUGGGGAAGUAUUUCUACUCUUUCGCUGGCUUUAUUCAUCUUUUUGAAUCAGAAAGAAAUACUAUAUUACGUAUACAGUAUACCGUCUUUAUAAAACUUUGGAAUUUGUGUAAUUAAUUGUUCAAGGAUGACAUACAUGACAAUGCAAUAGGGUACAUAAAGAUAGUACACAUUAGGCCUAUUACAUGACAUGUUGACCUCUUGAUGUGUGGACACAUUACUAUAUUACCUAUACAGUAUACAGUCUUUAUAAAACUUUGGAAUUUGUGUAAUUAAUUGUUCAAGGAUGACAUACAUGACAAUGCAAUAGGGUACAUAAAGAUAGUACACAUUAGGCCUAUUACAUGACAUGUUGACCUCUUGAUGUGUGGACACAUAUUACGCUGCCCUAUUUUUCUAAAUGGUUCAGAGAAGGUGUGUUAACUAGCUAAUUAUGUGAUCUGUGACCUUUUUACAGGCCCCUGACUCUGUUAACUUGUUGUUGCAGAUCGGAAACCCCUUAUCUGUUUGUUUGACAAUAUGUGGUUAAAAGAUUAAUAUGAUGUAUAAAUAGACAACGUGUGUGGGAUUUCAUUCCCAUUUGACUCCCUGUUGAACCAAAUAAAAAGUUAGUAAAUGUUCA